AUGGGGUCCCUUCUUGGGAAGCUCCGUUCAUUGCUGUUGUGUACACAGGAUGAGGAUCAUCAGGUGCCAGAGCCAGAGUCAGAGAUAGAGCCACUGCAGGCACAUAAGGAGAAGCUCGAGCUCCUGAAACAAGAUCUCGAAGCAAUAAACAACUCCCUCCUGAAUCUGUCAUGGGUGGAAGCUCCCAACAUGAUGGUGAAGCACUGGACGAACGAGGUGCGUGAUCUGUCCUACGAUAUUGAGGAUUAUAUUGACAAGAGGGUGCACGCAGCGGGCCUCGGUUGUAGGGAAGAGUGGCGUUCCGAUGUCGACGUGCAAGAAAUAAACACGCUUGUGAAGCGGGCCAAGGACGCCCGCGAACGACACAACAGGUACGAUCUUGGGUGCUGGGCAUCGAAUCCUAGAUUUGUGGUCCAUGAUGGGCAAGGCCGGGUUCCAAGGCUCGACGUCAGCGGGUACCCCGGCCAGAUCCGCGCGAGCGAGCCAGCUCCUGCAACCCGGCAGCCGGCGUCGGCGUCAGCAUCAGGGCAGACGACGGCGGCGCUCACGCCGUUCAUCGCCAAGACGUACCAGCUGGUGGACGACCCGGCGGUGGACGACGUUAUCUCGUGGAACGACGACGGGUCCGCCUUCAUCGUUUGGCGCCCGGCGGAGUUCGCGCGCGACCUCCUGCCCAAGUACUUCAAGCACAGCAACUUCUCCAGCUUCGUGCGCCAGCUCAACACCUACGCAUUCAGGAAGAUUGUUCCGGACAGGUGGGAGUUCGCGAGCGAUUGCUUCCGGCGAGGGGAGAAGCGGCUGCUCUGUCACAUACACCGCCGGAAGCCGGACGCGGCGUCAACGGGCCCGGUAACCGUGGCCGCUGCCACCGCUGCGGCAGCCAAGCCGAUGGAUCUGCCCGUGGAUCCGCUGUUGUACGCCGGGGAGGGGGAGGCCAAGGACCUUGUUGGUAUCGAUGAUUCCAAGGUCGAACUUAUCAAGCGGCUCAACAUUGACGCCGAACAGAGGCUAGUAGUAUCCAUACAAGGACCUCCAGGUGUUGGUAAGACUACACUUGCCAAACAAGUGUACCGUGAAGUGGAAGGACAGUUCGAGUGUCGAGCUUUCGUUCGAGCCUCAAAGAUGCCUGAUACAAGGAGGCUUCUCGGUAACAUCAUCUCCCAAAUCCAGGGCCGCCAUCAAAGACCCCCUCAUGGUCUCCCCGUGCAAGAGCUCCUUGACAUCCUAAGAACACAUCUCCAACAAAAGAGGUAUUUCAUUGUAAUAGAUGGUUUGUGGGAAACAACAUCAUGGGAUAUUGUUAUCAGCGCAUUUCCAGAGGACACUCAUUGUAGCAGAAUAUUAAUAACUACAGAUAUUGAGGAAGUAGCUCUGGAGUGCUGUGAUUAUGAACCUGAUGCUAUUUUUAAGAUGGAGCCACUUAGUGGAAAUUACUCCACAGAAUUGUUCUUCAAUAGACUGUUUGGUUUUGAACAUGAGCUCUCUAAACAAUUGAAGGAAAACUCAGAAGAAAUUAUAAGAGCAUGUGGUGGUCUGCCUUUCGCGACCAUUAGCGUAGCUACCAUUUUAGCUGGCCAACCAGAUAACUUAGAGCUGUGGCAACAUGUCAAAGAAGCAUUAUUUUCCAGAUUGAGAUAUAAUAAUCUUACUUCGGAAGUCAUGCUAAGAGAAAUAAUAGGUCUGAGCUGCAAUAGUCUUCCUCACCAUUUGAAGACAUGUCUGCUAUAUCUUAGUAUGUAUCCUGAGGGUUCUGCAUUCUUGAAGGCUGACUUGGUGAAACAAUGGAGUGCUGAAGGUUUUAUAAUUGCAGUAGAAGAGAAAAAUUGUGAUGAAGUUGCUGAGUGUUAUUUUGAUGAGCUUAUCUGCAGGGGACUGAUACAGCCCAAUCAUACCAAUAUCUCAGAUGAGGUGAUUUUAUAUACACUGCACUCCACUGUAUUCGAAGUUAUUAGGACCAUGUCCAUAGAAGAGAACUUCAGUACUAUGAUAGACUACUCCAAUACCAUCUCAGAGCUCUCUGUAAAGGUUCGACGACUAUCUCUCAGAUUCAGUACUGCCAAAUAUGCAACGAGACCAGAAAGCAUUACACUAUCCCCUGUUCGGUCACUUAUCUUUUAUGGACUUGUUGAGUGCCUCCCUUCGAUUAUGGAGUUCGAGGUACUUCGAGUUCUUAUUCUUGAAGUUUGGGGUGACAAGGAAGAGUUAUUAGACCUCAGUGGCAUCGGCAGAUUGUUUCAGCUGAGGUACAUGAAGAUUACAUCUAAUAUCAUUGUGAAACUACCAGCCAGAAUGAUUGGACUGCCAUAUUUGCAAACAAUGGAAAUUUAUGCAAGAGUAACUUCUAUUCCAUCAGAUAUUAUCUAUCUCCCCAGAUUGCUGCACCUCUGUGUACAUGGUGAGAUAAAUCUGUCCUAUGGUAUUGGUCACACGAGAUCUCUGCGCACACUUCAGUCUUUCGACCUCAGCAGUAACUCUGCAGAUAGUAUAUGGCAACUUGGUGAGAUGAUGGACCUGCGUGAUCUUCAUGUCACCAGUGCUACAGAAAUGUCUGACCCUCUGAAGACGAAGUUGAUAGCUUUCCUUUCAUCCUUUGGGAAACUUGGCAAUCUAAAAUCUAUAAUUCUUGCUCCUGCUCCUGCUCCUGCUGCUUCAUGCACAAACAUUUACUUGGAUUGCUCAUGGAGCACAUCUCCUCUGUCCAUCUUCAUUCAGAGACUUGAGUUGUUGCCGCCCUUUUGCAUCUUUUCAAGACUCCCUGUAUGGAUUGGACAGCUCCGGAAGCUAUGCAUUUUGAAAAUUGUUCUUAGGGAAUUGACGACUGGUGAUGUUGACAGCAUCGCCCAAUUACAGGAACUCACCAUUCUCUCUCUGUAUGUCAGGCAACCAACCGCAGAACAGAUUGUCUUCCAUCGUGCAGCAUUUCCUGUUCUUAAAUUUUUCAAAUUCAGAUGUGGCAUUAUGCGCAUUGCUUUUCAGCCAGAAGCAAUGCCUUGGCUUCGGAGUCUGAAUCUUGAAUUCAAUGCCCACAGUGGAGAGCAAAAUGGUAAUAUGCUUGCCGGCAUUGAACACCUGUUAAACCUCCAAGAGAUCACUGGCCGAAUUGGGGCAGCACCAGGUGCAGAGGAAUCCGACAGAAUAGCUGUGGAAUCUGUGUUCAAGGAUGCCAUUAGCAAGCAUUCAAGACUUACAAACUUCAACCUACGAAUUGUGGGUUUGUUUGACGAAGAGUGGCAUAAAAAAAGUGAGCUGGACAAGGUAGCUACAGUUGUUGAAGCGUCGCAAUCCAACGAUGCUAGUUCAACACCUAAUCAGGUCAUCUUCAGCACGCCGUUCCAGGCGAUCUCGGAUACGGAUAGGCGGUCGUGGGAUGACGGCUACAACUGGCGCAAGUACGGCCAGAAGCAUGUGAAGGGGAGCGAGUACCCGAGCAGCUACUACAAGUGCACCUUCCCCAGCUGCCUUGUCAAGAAGAGGGUAGACAGGUCGCAGGACGGCCAGAUCAUCGAGAUUGUCUACAAGGGUACGCACAACCAUGUGAGGUGGCUGCAGAGCGGUGGCAGCGAGGCGUUCGAGCACACGUGUAGCGGAAUGUCGACCAUCACUACCGUCGCGACGUCGUACACAUCGUCGUUUGGGAGCAACGAGAUCGGGGUGAGCUCGCUGCGGGCCGGAAACUCCAGCGGCGACGAGUUUGAUGAGCAAGAGGUGGAUUCCAAGACAUGGGUCCGCUUCGAUGAUGCUCCAGCAAGCAGUUCUGGUUCAGACGAGAUACUCGAAGGAUUUUGGAUGGCUGGUUGCACCAGUGAGCUAGACGAGGUAGCUGCAGUUGUUGAAGAAGUGUCGCAAUCCAACGAUGCUAGUUCAACACCUAAUCAGGUCAUCUUCAGCACGCCGUUCCAGGCGAUCUCGGAUACGGAUAGGCGGUCGUGGGACGACGUCUACAACUGGCGCAAGUACGGCCAGAAGCAUGUGAAGCAGAGCAACCCGCGCAGCUACUACAAGUGCACCUUCCCCAGCUGCCCUGCCAAAAAGAUGGUGGAGAGGUCGCAGGACGGCCAGAUCAUCGAGAUUGUCUACAAGGGUACGCACAACCACCAGAGGCCGCAGCUGCUGCAGAGCGCCGACGCGUCCGAGCACUCGUUGGGCGGAAUGUCGGGCACGCCCGUCGCGACGGCCGAGGGUCUCUUGGCGUCGAUUGCGGACGACGAUGUCGGUGUAGGCUUGCCGCGGGCCGAGAAUGCUGGCGGCGAUGAGUUCGACAAAGACCAGCCGGAUUCCAAGAGGUGA